CAUAGGCUCACAAAAGUGGGAGAUUCGAAGUGGCAGUAGCAAAACAAAGCGGAUUUAAACUUUAUUUGUGUCAAACAGCCUCAUCCGAUGCACUGAGACAACACACUUUUAGUAACCGUGCUUUUAAAGGAUGGCCACCCCGAGCAAGACACCACCCGGCGCCGACCCGAAGCAGUUGGAGCGGACUGGGACAGUCCGGGAGAUCGGCUCCCAGGCAGUGUGGUCCCUCUCCUCCUGUAAACCAGGUUUCGGAGUGGAUCAGCUGAGGGAUGACAACCUGGAGACUUACUGGCAGUCUGAUGGUUCCCAACCUCACUUAGUCAACAUACAGUUCAGGAGGAGAACGACAGUGAAGAUGCUGUGCAUUUAUGCUGAUUAUAAAUCAGAUGAGAGCUACACACCCAGUAAGAUCUCAGUCAGAGUGGGCAACAACUUCCACAACUUGCAGGAGAUCAGGCAGUUAGAGAUGGUGGAGCCCAGUGGUUGGAUUCACAUCUCUCUGAUGAAUCAGCGGACAAACGAGCCGAUCAGCACCUUCAUGAUCCAGAUCGCGGUGCUGGCCAACCACCAGAAUGGCAGAGACACACACAUGCGGCAGAUCAAAGUCUACACGCCGGUGGAGGAGAGCUCCAUCGGGAAGUUCCCACGAUGCACCACGGUCGACUUCAUGAUGUACCGCACGAUCAGGUGAUCUGGACUGACAUGUGACCCCCCGACCUUCUGCGUGGCCCUGUAAAGUUUGGGACUCACACAAAACGUCCAGAAAAGAGAGAAAAUGACACGGACUGAUAUCUGGAGCUGCUCGAUUCUGAAAUAAUGCAGAUUUAUCGAUUCCAGAAUUGAUCAGUCUCGCACUGCCUAUCAUCAAGGUUUUGUUUUAUGUGGCUUUUUGAAUAAAUACAGUACUUAUAUUUUAAAUAAGCUGCUAAUAUUGAAUAUAACCACAUCUAAAGACAUCAACCUCAAACAGUAUCAGUUUAUAUGUUGUGAUGUCUGAAACUCUGUUUUUUAAAAGUUGACCAGUAUGUGUCCUACACUGACCCGCUAACACUUCAUGACUUGGUGUGCAUUCGGUUAGUUUUAGCAGGAUCGGAGCCAGACGGAGUUCAUGAAGAAGCCAAAACAAAGACAAAGAGUUUUUACACAGUCAGAAACAGUUCAGAACCCAAACUGCUGUGCCUACAGAGCGUCUCCUGUUCUGGAUUUGUUACUGAACGUUCAAUUA